CUCUGCAGAGAGGCAACUGCAGUUUUUUUUUUCUUUUUCUUUUCUUUUUUUAGUUUUUCCUUCCUCUCCCUUGCCCGACACCAGAAGGAAUCACCACAGAAUUGUUACUUUUUUUCGUACCCACUCCUGUGUUGUUAUUUCCGUGCCUGGGGGUGAAGCACCAUGCCGGUGGUCGGUGUCGCCUCCAAGCUCAGGCAACCCUCCUCGGUGGUGACCAAGCCGGUGCAUACCGCGCUCCCCAUCCCCAGCGCAGUCAGGGCGGCCGCCGCGCAGGGCUACGUGGCCCGGCAGCAGGAGCUCGGGGCGGGUGAGGGCGCUCCGGGGCUCUCCUGCCAGCUUUCCAUCAAGUCCGGGUACCAGAGGACACCUGAGGGGAGGUCCAGAGCUGAGGCGGAGGAGAGCAAGAUCUGCAAGAUUUACACGGACUGGGCCAACCACUACCUGGCCAAGUCUGGCUGUCAGCGCCUCAUCAAGGACCUGAGCCAGGACGUCACCGAUGGAGUCCUGCUGGCACAGAUCAUCCAGAUCAUAGCGAAUGAGAAGGUGGAGGAUAUCAAUGGCAGCCCCAGGAGCCAGUCGCAAAUGAUCGAGAAUGUGGACGCCUGCCUCAGUUUCCUGGACGCCAGAGGAGUGAACGUGCAAGGGCUCUCUGCAGAAGAGAUCAGAAAUGGCAACCUGAAGAGCAUCCUGGGCCUCUUCUUCAUCCUGUCACGCUACAAGCAGCAGCAGCAGCAGCAGCAGCAGUACUACCAGUCCCUGGUGGAGCUCAGCCAGCAGACCAGCAGCACCGCGCCGUCCGCCGGCAGCCUCAAGACGCAGGAGAUGCAGUCCAGUCUCACAGCGCGAUAUGCAAGUCCUCCGGGCCACAGUGGAAUAGGGUCCCCUCAGAAGAAAAACACAAGGUUGCCAGGCCCCUCCAGAGUACCUGCUGCAGGCAGCGGGGCCUCCAGGAGCCCGGGCUCGUCCAACCUCAACCGUCGCAGCCAGAGCUUCAAUAGCAUCGACAAGAGCAAGCCUCUCCAGUAUGCCAGUGGAAACGAUAGAGAAGCGGUGAGGGGCAUCCCAGUGCCCGGCGGGAUGAACGGAAGUGGUAUCGGUGGGACGGUCCCCACCAGCCUCAGCGGGCAGCAGCUGGCCUCUGCCAUCCCCUCAUCCAACGCCGGCAAGUCCUGGCGCAGCAAGUCCAUGAACCUCAAGCACAGCGCCACAUCGUCCAUGCUGGCAAGCCCCACGCACUCGCCCUCCCCCACCCUUUCACCCCAGGCCUCUGAAGGCCUUCAACUGCACGGAGGCGAUGGGUCAAAAGUAGGGUCGGCCGGUGGUGGCGGGCCCCAGCGGUCCAUGCUUGAGAAGUUCCGCCUGAUCAACCCCAGAUCGGCUUCACGAGCGUCUCCGUCGGUGGCGGAGAUGGCUCUGCAGGAGGAGGACGACAUGUCAGAGUACGGGGAGGAGGGAUUGACGCCCACGGGGUCGGUGUGCAGCAGCGGCAGUAGCAGCGCUACAGCCAAGCAGAUGUCUACCAAGACCACCGCACCGUCCCUCGCUGCGCCAAGCAAGACCUCCUCUUCUUCCAACCCCUCCUCUUCAUUUUCAAAAUCUUCUGCCAACGGCAGCAGGUCCAUGGCCUCGUCCAAAGAAAAGGAGGACAAAAGCAGAUCUGGGAAAUCCUCUAAGGACAGCUCUCCACCCAAAGAGGAGCGUGAGUCGUUUGCCGACCCCACCAAGAAGAACUCCAAAAUUGCCAGCCUCAUCCCCAAGGGAGGGAAGCCGUCAUCUGGGAAGAAAGACGGCGGCGCCUCCUCGGUUUCCAGCAGCAUCCCCAAGCCGGGACUUAAGGCUCCCUCCACCACGACGUCCAAGGCUCAGAGCCAGAGCCAGGUCGCCUUGAACAGCAGCGGAAACAUGCGCGGCGGAGAGGGGGACCGAGCCAAGCUGACGAAAGGAGGGCAGGGUGGGAGUUUCUACAUACAGCGCCCCAGUGGGGGCCCAGAGGGCAAACGGACCAGCAUGACCUCCUCCACCAGCACCUCAGCCCUGUCUGGGUCCAGUGGGAUAAUGGGAGGAUGUGGAGGAGGAGGAGCUCUUGGAGGGAACGGAGUAGUUCAGCUUCCCCAGCAGCAGCAGCACAACCACCCCAAUACUGCCACUGUGGCCCCCUUCAUGUACAGGACAUUCUCAGAAAACGACUGCACCAUGGUGGCCCCAGCUGACCCCUGCCUCAGCCCCACCAAGGGAGAGCUGGUCUACAGCAAGACAGCCAAACAGUGCCUGGAGGAGAUAUCAGGAGAGGACCCUGAGACGAGACGCAUGAGGACGGUGAAGAACAUCGCCGACCUGCGACAGAACCUGGAAGAAACCAUGUCCAGUCUACGGGGGACACAGAUCAGUCACAGUACACUAGAAACGACCUUUGACACCACGGUAACCACCGAGGUCAAUGGGCGGAACCUACCUGCCCUCACCCCACGCUCCUCCCCCAUGGCCUGGCGUCUGGGCCAAUCACAAACCCCACGCCUCCAGGCGGGCGACGCCCCCUCAAUGCCCAGCAGCUACGCCGCGCCCAGGGCGAGCACGACGAGCGCCGGCACCACCACAGGGCGCUACAGCGGCCACGCGGACCCCUCCAGAUACCUCACCGACGGUGGCCUCCAUCUGUAUGCACGGAACGCGGGCCGAGCCUCCGACGCCGCCGCCGCCUCCUCUCGAGAUGCAUCCCAGAGAGGGAGCAAAGAGAUGCAGGGCGACAUAGACAGUUGGGACGACAGCAGCUCGGUGAGCAGCGGCCUGAGCGACACACUGGAUAACAUCAGCACCGACGAUCUGAACACACCCGCCUACUCCGCCGUCAGCUCAUCGCGCAAAAGCAAGGGAGCACAGUCCCAGAAAGGAAGCCGGUCCAAACAUGCAGAGCAGGAGGUGAGCAGCAGCUGGGCCGGAGCUGAGGACCUGAAGAAGGUGGAGGAGGAGCUAGACGCGAGCAUGGACCCCGGCAGCGGCUCAUCCCGCUGGAAGACCUCCUCGUCCUCCUCUUCCGCUCAAUCCCAGAGUCAGUACGAGGAAGCCGGUCAGAAGGCCGCCGCGUUGGCCCAGAUGUCCCAGACGGGCUCGUGGAGGCGGGGCAUGACUGCCCAGGUGGGCAUCACGCCACCCAGGACCAAGGGUACCUCUGCUGCCCACAAAACACCAGGCAAAACUGAUGACGCUAAGGCCUCAGAGAAGGGCAAGGCGCCUUCCAAGAGUUCAGCCGCCAUCCAGCGCUCACCCUCCGAUGCUGGGAAGAGUAGUGGAGAUGAAGGCAAGAAACCUCCCUCCGGCAUCGGGCGCCCACCCACUACUGCGACUUUUGGAUACAAGAAAAUCCCAGGUGCCAGCGGCGCCCUUAUCACCUCCAGCGGGGCAACGCUCGCCAGUGGCUCAGCCACACUGGGCAAGGCGCCCAAAUCCUCAGCUGCCCUCGGCAAAGGCACAGGCAUCGGCGGUGUGCGCAAGACCAGCUUGGACGGCUCACAGCCGCAGGAUGACGGCAUCCUGCUCAGCUGCAGCGGCUCCAAAGUGACACUGCAGUACCGCUCCCUGCCCAGACCGGCCAAGUCAUCCAGCGGAGCGGCAGCAGGACGCGGCGGGCACCGCUCCAGUUCCAGCAGCAUCGACUCGAACGUGAGCGGCAAGUCAGCUGGUGGGGCGGCGGCGACACAAGCGGCCGCCAAGCGCAGGGACGGUAAAGUGAGCUCCGACCGCUCCAGUCCCAUCACCAUCAACCAGACCGACAAGGAGAAAGUGGCGGUGUCAGACCAGGACGCCGCAACAGGACUAUCCACCUCCCCCAAGUCCAGCCCCACAUCCAGUUCAACUGGCCAAUCAGGCCUAAGGCAGCCGGGCUCCAAGUACCCCGAUAUCGCUUCCCCUACAUUCCGCAGAUUGUUUGGCACCAAAGCCAGCAGCAAGGCCAGCUCUCCGGGCACUCCCGACUCUGGCAAGUGCCCCUCAAUACUGGGCAGCCCGCACGGCACGCUGGCGAGGCAGGCCAGUCUUGACUCGCCCUCCUCUGGCACGGGGAGCCUGGGCAGCGCUGGGGGCCUGAGCGGCGGCAGCAGCCCGCUGUACGGUAAAACCCCAGACCUGUGCACCGACUCCCCGGCCUCCAGCCCGGCCUCUGGCCUGUCCCUGCCCUCCAAUGCUCGGCCCUGGCCGGCCUGUAGCUCUUCAGCUGGCAGCAAGGACACACUGAGCUGCCAAAGCAUGACCAGUCUGCACACCAGCUCUGAGUCCAUUGAUCUCCCGCUGGGCCACCACGGGCCCAAGGUUACACGAACCGGCAGUGUCAAGUCCACCCUGUCUGAGGGCAUGCCUCUUGACAGAAACACGCUUCCCAAAAAGGGACUGAGGUACCCUCCGUCCUCCCGGCAGCAGUCCCAUGAGGAAGGGAAGGAGUGGUUGAGGUCCCAUUCAACAGGGGGACUUCAGGACACAGGCAGCCAGUCCCCACUGUCUCCUCCUGGAGCUUCCUGCACGAACACUGGAAGAUACCACUACUCCAACCUGCUGAGCCCCACCAACAUCAGCCAGUAUAACCUGCCUCCAGGCAGCACCAGCAUGAGCCGCUCCAACAGCAUCCCUGCCCAGGACUCCUUUGACCUGUACGGGGAGGGUCACCCACUGGGUGGCAGCGCUAUCUCCCUGGAGGACCGCCCACGGGGCAUCAGCCGCUCCGGAUCCUUCAGGGACAGCACGGACGAAGUUCAUGGCUCUUCAUUGUCUCUGGUCUCCAGCACGUCUUCACUGUACUCUGCGACGGAGGAGAAAGCGCACUCAGAGGGCCAAACAGUCCAAAAUUCCACGCAAAUCAGAAAGCUGCGUCGGGAGCUGGACGCCUCUCAGGAGAAGGUGGCGACCCUGACGUCUCAGCUGUCUGCCAACGCUCACCUGGUGGCGGCCUUCGAGAAGAGCCUGAGUAACAUGACCUGCCGCCUGCAGAGCCUCACCAUGACAGCCGAACAAAAGGAGUCUGAGUUGGUUGAGCUGAGGGAGACAAUAGAGACGCUGAAGACCCAGAACACCGACGCGCAGACCGCCAUCCAGGUGGCGCUCAACGGCCCUGACCACCUGCACAAAGACCUGCGGAUUAGACGGCAGCACUCAUCAGAGAGCAUGUCCAGUAUCAACAGCGCAGCCAGUCACUCCAGCAUGGGCAGUCUGGGCAAAGACGCUGAAGACAAAAAGAAGAAGAAGAAGAGCUGGGUGGCCGAUUCCAUCCCCGCUCAGUUGCGCAGCUCCUUCAAGCAGGCGUUCAGCAAGAAGAAAACCAAAUCCCAGUCGGCACAUGACGAGAUGGAGGAGAUGACCGACUCACUGCCGUCCUCACCCAAACUGCAGCACGACAACCGGCAAGGCAGCAUCGCCACACUGCACUCUUCGCCCUCCACCACCGAGCUCUGCGAAUGCACCGAAGCCGAGGCGGAAACCAUCCUCCUGCUGAAGAACGAGCUGAGGGAGAAGGAACUCAAGCUAACAGACAUCCGCCUGGAGGCGCUCAGCUCCGCCCACCACCUGGACCAGAUCCGAGAGGCCAUGAACCGCAUGCAGAACGAGAUCGAGGCGCUUAAAGCGGAGAACGAUCGCCUCAAGUCCAGCGGCAACGCCACGCCGACGGCCACGCCCCUCAAGACGGCCCGGCCGCCCUCCGAGACCUCCAGCACGUCCUCAUCCUCCUCCCGCCAGUCCCUGGGGCUAUCGCUCAACAACCUCAACAUCACUGACACCAUCAUGUCAGAUAUUCUGCUGGAUGACAGCUACGAGGGCAACCUGCGCAAAGAAGGCCGCAGUGUGCGAAUAGUGGUCACCAUCAGCAGCGGGCCAUAUACCACAAAGGGAACAAAAGGCCAGGCGUACCUGAUUGGGUCUAUAGGUGUGAGCGGGAAAACCAAAUGGGACGUCCUGGAUGGGGUCAUACGACGCCUCUUCAAGGAGUAUGUGUUUCGGGUGGACCCUCUGACCAGCCUGGGUCUCAGCUCAGACAGCAUCGUCUCCUACAGGAUGGGUGACGUGGUUCGCUCCCACACCUCCGAAGUGCCUGAGCUGCUGCCCUGCGGCUACCUGGUGGGCGACAACAACGUCAUCAAGGUCAACCUCAAAGGUGUGAAGGAGAACAGUAUAGACAGCCUGGUGUUUGACACGCUGAUCCCAAAGCCGAUCAUCCAGCGGUACCUCAACCUGCUGAUGGAGCAUCGUCGCAUCAUCCUCUCAGGACCAAGCGGCACCGGCAAAUCCUUCCUGGCCGCCAAGCUGGCCGAGUACAUCAUUUCCCAGAUAGGGCAGCCGGUGACCGAGCACAACGUGGCCAGCUUCAACGUGGACCAGAAUUCCAGCAAGGACCUGCGUCAGUAUCUGUCUAACCUGGCAGAGCAGUGUAACUCUGAGGAGACGGACACAGAGCUCCCCACUGUGGUGAUUCUGGACAACCUCCACCAUAUUGGCUCCCUCAGUGACAUAUUCAACGGCUUCCUCAACUGCAAGGACCACAAAUGCCCUUAUGUUAUCGGGACCAUGAACCAGGGAGUUUCCUCUUCUCCUAACCUUGAACUUCACCACAACUUCAGGUGGGUGCUGUGCACCAACCACACCGAGCCAGUCAAAGGCUUCCUUGGCCGUUUCCUGCGGCGGAAGCUGAUAGAGACGGAGAUCGAUAAGAACAUGCGCAGCAACGACCUGAUUAAGAUCAUCGACUGGAUCCCCAAGACCUGGCAGCACCUCAACGGCUUCCUGGAGGCACACAGCUCCUCCGAUGUCACCAUAGGCCCCCGUCUCUUCCUGUCCUGUCCCUUGGACGUAGAAGGCUCUCGGGUUUGGUUCACCGACCUGUGGAACUACUCCCUGGUGCCCUACCUGCUGGAGGCUGUCAGGGAAGGGCUGCAGCUGUACGGCAAAAGAGCAGCGUGGGAGGAUCCAUCCAAGUGGGUGAACGACACUUAUCCAUGGAACGCCGCCUCGCUGCAGCAGGAAGGCCAGUCGCUGCUCCAGCUGAGGCCGGAGGACGUGGGCUACGACGGCUACAGCUCGUCCAAGGAGGGAGCCUCGUCCAAGCAGGUGUCCCAGAGUGACACCGAGGGAGACCCACUGAUGAACAUGUUGCUACGGCUGCAGGAGGCAGCCAACUACUCCAGCACGCAGAGCUGCGACAGCGACAGCACCAGUCACCACGACGACCAGCUGGACUCCUCGCUGGAGUCGGCGCUAUGAGACCAAGAGCUGCGCCGGCAGAGACCAGAGACCCCCAACCCAGGGAACCUUUGAACCAUUGUCGUCGCCAGACACCUCCAAUAGUGCACAGAUGUAUGAUGUGUGAAAAGUUUGAUUAUCCAAAAUGGUAUUCCCCCUUCUGAAAGAAAAACACAUAUUUUUACAUAACAAUGGUGCAAUAUUAAAAUCAACUUAGUGAAUGCUUUGAAGAGCAGCGGCCAACUUCAUUCUCAGCUGAUAAUCAAUCAUGCAAGUUGGAUCCAUAUAUAUUUUAAACACAUCAGAUAGGCAGGUUAGCCAGUCAUUUUAAAUGGAUGUAUACCCUUUUAGAAUACAACUUUCAUACGUGUGUAGGCAGGACGUGUCUGACAAGGGACAUUAGUUCCUCCGAAGUUGACUUUCAAGGAGUAAAAUCACAUUUGUGCUCAGCCGUGACGAGUCACAGAUCGCAGACAUGUCAGAAAAAAAGAGAAAGCCAAGAGUUGAAACUGGAUUUUUCUUUUCUUUCUUUUUUUUUUUAUCCCAGAUAUAUCUUCAGAUGUUUACAAUGGGGAAGGUUCUGUUGUUUAUGUCUUUCCUUGUUUACAGAGGUGCUUCUCACACACACAAACACACACACAAGCACUUACAAAGAGGCAGAAGGAGGACACUGUCCUUUAAUCAGAGGCUUUGAUUGGUUCAAGCCCCCCCCCCCGUGACCAACAAUCCAGCCUGCCAAAGUGUCCUUUGAGCAAGGCACUAUUUAUACCAUCCUGGGAUCCUCAUCUCUGACUCCACUUAUGAUGGGAGUCAAGUAAGAGAGUACCGUUGAGUGUUUUCAGGUGAUGUAGUGCCCUCUGGUGGCCACAAUGGAGGCUCUCAGCUGUUGGACUCUGGCUGCAAACAUAUUUUCUAGACAAACAAAUCAGAUUCAUCAGAUUGAUUACAUGCUUCAAUAAUGUCAGCAACCAGCUGUUCAACUGAAGUGGCUCCUCACAAGUUGCUAUUUCAGAGUGGAUUGUUGAACUGCACACACAACCCCUCCUGCUCAGUCGUCAGUUGAGCGUCACGGUGCUGGUCUCCCACCCUGAGUCUCCUUGGUGUCAAGCCACCACUCGCUGCCCCCGGCACGCCAUCAACGAGCACAACGAAAGCGCCAUUGUCCGCUUGUCGUCCAGCCACAGUGCUACUUUGAAGGGGGGAAAAAAUAGACAUGUGCCAAUAUUUCCUUUUGAUUUACUGCCAAACAUAUACAAAACCAGACAAACAUAGAGACUUAACAACACAAGGCACAGCUGACCAUGUUUGGAAUCUUAGAUUUAGUUGAUCUUGGCUUUUCCAUGUCACUCCUUAGCUUACAAUGCCGCACGAGAACAGCGGGCAACAGUUUCUGUGGGUCCUCACAGAGCUGUCCUUACUGACCGCACUCUAAACGCCUGCCUUGACCAGCGGUUGUCCAAUCACUAUCACCCAUGACUCGGCAAACUUGCCAAGCCUCAUCUACAAGUUAAGUAGUGGUGCGCAUAGAGAUGUAGCUCGAUACUCUGCAUUUGAAGCGUUAGGAGGGUCAGUUGCAAAUGUAAGCACGAUUGGCUGACAAGAUUACUAUUUACAGUAGCAAGAUAGCAUUAGCCCAACACAUAGCUUAGUGCUUAUCCUAAAAACCUUUCCCCGUGUAUCGUUAUAAAGUGAGAAAAUACAUAUAUGUAAAAGUAUGCAAGCUAAGCAGCCAAACAGAGUUAUACUAGAAUGAAAUAGCAGCCUGGUCUCACUGGAGACAAGAACAAUGCUGUUUCUUUACUUCCACGUGGACCAGCAACUGAUUGGAUGCUGACUGUUUGCCCGAGAUGUGUUAAGUCUUUUAGCCCAAAAUCAUGCAUGUAGCCAUCAAAUGCACAUUUCUGACCCAUAUACAAGAUUAUCAUUUUAAAAACAAGACAGCAGGAAACAUAAAAAACGUUUAAAAAAACGUCAGCUUUCUAGCUACAGUUGAUGAAAUGUGCUUGAGUGGCAAAUAUGCAAUUGUAAUCACUGUCAGCUGCAUUGGUGCGAGAACGGAAAGUUUGCCAAACUUAGCAACAGUACCGAAGCCAACGGUCAAUUGCAAAAAGCUGAAUUCUUGUGACGUUUGCGUUAACCUGCAUGGAGACCCAAGCGGGUGGGGUUUUGCUGAAACAGGGCAAUUCAGAAAGUGACAGGAAAGCAGUGGACUGGCUUUCACUCCAACAGAUACGAAUCAGAGCUGAUCAAUCAACAACGUAUCAGUAAUAUAGAAUUAAAUGAUGCAAGCCGACAGUGUCCUUCUUGGAGCUCUCCGGCACUCAUUUGACUUGUCUUGUUCAGCAUCGGCACCCAUCUGGGAUCCAUGAGGUACCAAAAAAAGAAUCCAAAGUGUUUUGGAAUGCAAGUUAACCGGAUCGGCCCAAAAGCUGCAUAGGGGAACAGUGAAACUGGUGCUUUCUCACUGCCUUAAAUGUGCAAAAUUUCGGGUGGCAUCCUCAGCUCCCAAGUGAGAAGAAGAGAUGUUGAUGUCGGAUGAUGAUAUUCUGCUUCCUGCUUUGUCAAAGAAGCUGCUUGUAGUCGGAAAAACAGCCUCUUUUUUUCUUUUUUUUCCUUGCGCUUUCUCCAAACGCCCUUUCUUGUUUCUGACAGUUGGAGUAUAAAAGAGUUGAUGCUGUAUUUGAAUUUAAAACUGACCAAUAUUGUAAAAAAAAAAGUUUAAAAAAAUACAUUUAAAAAGGGGUGGGGUAUUUUUUAGUUGUUGUUUUUCUCGCCCAGUUGAGCUGGGCUCACUUGAACUGACAGGAGCACAACCAAACUGUUUUGGGUUUUGUAGCCUAAUGAGCAUGUUUUAAAGCUUUUUAAAGGGGAUGCAUUGAGGAGAGACCUUUACCGUUAUGUAUGCGUGUAUUGGACGGAAGCCAUUUAGAAUUUUGAUUGUCCUCUCUUUGUUUAACGAGCGGGUUGGUUUUGCACACUUUGAGGUCAGGGUGGGUUGUAUAUACUUCAGUCUUGCACAGUGAAUCAAAGACGCAUUCUGCCCUGUUGAUGUUACAAUAUGCUUAACUCGCUGAGUAAAUUAUUGUACUUUGAAAAAAGAGAGAGAGAAAAAAAUAAGGAGUGCAAAAACUCAACAAGCUGUCGGAAACGGGUGUGUGUCUUGUGGUGAUUGGAUGUUUUUGCCUAUGAAGGAGGCACAAGGUGUAUAGUAAGAAAAAGUUUUUAACUCACUGAAAUCACAGACUAAACAAAACAGAUAGGCACUUUUCCAGUAUCCCCCCCCGCCGUAAUAUUAUCUGGAUCCUCUCCAUCUUUAGGAAUCCCUGUUGUUCCUUAGAAGCACUUCCUCUCUUGACAUUUUCACCCGAGCUUACCGCCACGUUAGGCUUUGCCGGCUGUCCGAGGCACCAAAGCUGACCUGACACCGUACUGUAUACAUUAACCAACAACCAACAGGUGCUACUGGUCAGUCAAAGCCAACCAGAGACCAACAAGAAGUCAUGUUGUCACAACCUCAGGACAAUCCUACCCUCUAAAAUCCUACCUGUGCUCAGCUUCGCACGUGUCUCUGCGGCCAAGCCUCUGAUGGUUUGCACAUAUACCCGCAAGGGUGUGUAGCUGCAUGAUAAGGAGGUAGUUACCACGUAACAGGAUGCUUUCCUUACCUACAGUUGCAUCCGUGCAUCAACAUGAGCUUAGAUCGCCCAUAAGUCACCCUCUCCGCUACUCUACACUCCUGUUGUAGGCCAUGAGUUCCCGAGCUAACAGACCUUUGACACCGUUAACAGUGUACACCAUAGUGUUGAUGAUGAGCCGGUCGUUUUUCCCCACCCAACACUUUGCAGUUACAUCUCAGUUGAAAAACCAUAGCAUUUACUCUGGUUUGAGGGAAAGUUUUCUUCUUUUUUUUUGGGUGAAACAUUUGUCCUUAAAUGUUUUAUAUUUUGUACAUUUGUAUGUAACAUAUCAUGUAAAUAGACAGAGACAGUGAUUUAACUCAUCUGGAGGAUUUUGUAGUCUUUGUAAAGCCCUAAUAAAUGGUAUUUGGUGUCA